GUGUGCAAACAUUGGUUGCGAAGUCAGUGCAAGAAAGGCGAUCAGUGUGAAUACCUUCAUCAAUACGACAUGACCCGCAUGCCCCUCUGCCAUUUCUUCGCUGACGGGCAGUGUACCAAGGACGACUGUCAGUUCUUGCACAUCCGCCCUGAGGACAAGGUGGUUGAAUGUCCCUGGUACGCCCGUGGCUUCUGUAAGCAUGGACCGAAAUGUCGCAAGAAGCACGCAAGAAAGGAGCUCUGCGGGAGCUACAUGGCAGGUUUCUGCCCCAAGGGACCA